UGCAUUUCCUCUUUGCACGUCACGCAUGCCGCGAGUCAUUCCGUCAAGGUCUUGCUCAACACUAGAACCACAACAAAACAAGAACUACUUUACUUUUGUUACUUCCAGGCACCGCACGAGAAAGAAGUGUUUUAUGAAACUCUUUAUACGAAAAGGAAGAGAAACAAAGGAAAGCAGUAGAAGGAGGUGUAGUGGUUGAGAGUAGACUCAGUAGAGGCUGAGUGCGUCCUGUGCUUGGGUCCUGUGACUCUCCUGUGCCUCUGUGCGUGUUACGUGCCUCCCAGGACGUGCUCCUUAGACAUGGCUGGAGACGAGUACUUUGCGUCCAAAGGCUCCCUCAAGCUUAAGGGGGUUGCAGAUUCUGGAAUUAAAAAGAAGAAGAAGAAGAAGAAGGAAACAGAGAAGGAGAUGGCUGCCAGCAUACGACGCAACACUUCACCCAACUCCACCCCAGAAAAAGAGGCUUCUAAUGUUGGUGUUGUCCGCAACUACACUGAAGCAGAACGCAGAUUUAUGGAAAGACAAAGAAAAAUGGAAGCUGACAGAAUCCUGAAGAAGGCAAGCAAGACUCACAAAGAAAAAGUUGAGGACUUCAACAGACACCUGGACUCCCUCACAGAACACUUUGACAUCCCCAAGGUGUCCUGGACCAAGUGAAGCAUUUUCUAUAUUGGUUUGUGCAAAGCUGUGUAUUGUGAUCUAGGGUACUUGUAUAACAUAGCCCACUAUGAAUACCAAUGUUGUUUUAGUUCAAAUAAAGAUAGAUAACUUCAGAUAAUCAUGCCGAAAGCAAUGCCCAUCAAUUAUAUAUAAUGGUGUGCGCAGAACUUUUGGAUAAUACAUGUUCACACUGA